AUGAAUUUUGAUGAUACUGAAAUACCUUUCAUAUUCAAAAUAGAUGGGAGUAAUUAAUAUUUUAGAAAGAUUUUUGAUGAGAAAAUAAAUGCUGAAUUAACUUUAACAUUCAAAAUAGCAAGAAGUAAUUAAUAUUUUAGAAUGAUUUUCGAGGAAAAAAUAAAUGCUGAAUUAACUUUCGUUUUCAUAAUAGGAAGAAGUAAUGAAUAUUUUAUAAUGGUUUUUGAUGAGAAAAUAAAUGCUGAAAUAACUUUAGUAUUCAAAAUAGCAUGGAGUAAUUAAUAUUCUAGAAUAAUUUUUGAAGAUAAAAUAAAUACUGAAAUAACUUUUAUAUUCAAAAUAGGAAGUAAUUAAUAUUUCUGA